GCGGAAGGUUGCGUCGAACAGAAAGUCACCUCUUCUUGUCCGUCAGGGAGGAAGCUACUGGCAGCUAACAGCAACGGCUUCUGCCGGGGAAAGGUCGACAGUAGGACAGUAGCAUCCUCCUCUAACCUUAAACAUCACAGAACCCUAUUUAAACCGCAUUAAACAACGUCUAGCAACAGUUCUGCCGCUGUUAAACGCAGUUAAACAGCAAGCUAACAGUUUAUAGGAAGCUAGCUUCUGCGGUUGGAGUCACCCGGAUCAUGGCUGCGCUCAGAGCGUCCUACCACAGGAUUCUGGACGGGAUCGAGCACAUCCUGCCCGCCAAACUGAGACCUCUCUACAACCACCCGGCAGGUCCAAAAACAGUUUUUUUCUGGGCCCCGAUGUUUAAAUGGGGCCUGGUCUUAGCUGGUUUGGCUGAUAUGACCCGACCAGCAGAGAAACUCAGCACCUCCCAGUCUGCAGUGCUGACAGCCACAGGGCUCAUCUGGUCCAGAUAUUCAUUGGUCAUUAUCCCAAAGAACUGGAACCUUUUUGCUGUGAAUUUCUUCGUGGGCGGCGCAGGAGCGUCCCAGCUCUACCGGAUCUGGAGCUACAAGCAGGAGCUGAAGGCUACUGAAGCCGAGUCAUGAGGAAGUUCUCACUGCGAUGCUGCUGACACAGAGGGAGACUUUUAUAUCAUCUCUGCACCAUCCUGCGCUGUUCCCAUAACAUCCAUGCCAUAACUACAUUUUACCACAUUAAGCCUGUUGUCCCUGAAGGAAAUAUGCUUUUCCCCAAGUUUCAAGUUUCCUCAGGGUGUUUAUAAAAAGAUAAGAUUUUUUUCUUCUUUUUAACUCGUCAAUAUCGUGGUCAUCAACGCACAAGUACCGCUUGUUCACCAAGUUUUAUGAUUGUACAGUGUCUGAUUUCACACGUCAUGCUUUUGUAUCCUGUGCACUAGUCGGGGAAAUUUUGCGUCAUUUGUAGCAAUCGGUACCUCAAGCAAAUUUCCCAAAAUGUUGGAUCUGUGCUGAAUGUCACCAUAAAUUUAAGGAUUUAUCUUUUCAUUCACAUAUUUAGAAUUUUAUUGGUGUCUGUUCCUCAGCAGCCAUUAAACCUUUGAUUUCAAUGGAAAGGAUUCCUUCCAUUUUGAUAAUCCAUUCAAGAACAAACCCUCAUUUGUAUUUUUAUUGUGACAGAAGUGUGUGAGAAGUUAUUCGAGAUGUGCGAGAAGUUAUUCGAGAUGAGCGUGCAGCUUUGCGAGUCAACGAGCAAACACUGGUGCAGAUAACAGCUUUUUUUCAGACUUCCUUGUAAAAUACUUGAUCUAAGAAAAUGUUUUUUUUUUCUCCAAAAAAAUUGACAGAAUCAAACUGUAUUUAUGCAGUAACUCCCUAAUUUAGCAAUAAUUUGUGUAAUUAAUCUGCCGACUGUGCAGGCAUUUAAGGGAUGGUCAUUAAAUGUAAAAAGUAUGUUGGGAAUUGCUGUGUAUUAAUAAAUCAGACUAAUACA